UCCUUAUUUGCAAAACCUAUAGCCCUGGGCUGGAUGGGCAACUGGAAACAAUUCAAGCAACUGGAAACCCAGAGCUCUCGCCACGACAGCACAGGGACCAAGCAGUAGCUGGAACAGUAAGAAGUGUUUGAGGCAUCAGUGGCCUGUGGGAAAGUUGGAAACUUCUAUUAUUGGCAGUUUUAGGAGUAAUGUUGCUGGCUGGUCCUGCUGACCAUCAGCCAGCUGAGAAUCUGACUUUGAAGAGCUGAGCACUAGUUGAGGAGUGUAUGUCCAGGUUUUCGGUAAUAGCGGCUGUGUGUCGGGCGUUACGCAGGGCUCUUGGUGUGCGUGUCCUCCAUGACUUGUUUCUAAAUGGAAACCAGAGGCACUGAGAAGUAAAAAUUGCUUUGCCGGUGCCACUUGCGGUAUGGCCCAGCAGCACGGCGCUAAGUAAAUGUCUUUUAGUCCUUCCCGCACCGCACUCUCAGCAGGCUUGAUUAGUUCAUGUAGUUCCUGGUGUUUUUCCACACUGUGCACUUGCUGUCUGCCCUCGGGCAGGUAGGAGAGACUGGAGCUACUGGGUGAUCCUGACAAGUGAACGCCAUGGCACCCGGGGAGGCAGAUUUGCUCCGUUCCACCCACAGGAGGUGGAAAAAACACAGUAUAUUGUUACGGGUUCCUUCUGCACAUUUCUCAAAGCAUUGGCUAAAUAUUUAUUUUAAAUUUCACAACCUCUGUGAAGGGCACAAUUAUAGUCACUAGCCCUGCAACAGAUAUAAAAAUUAAGAACACACUCAAGUAACAAGCGAUUUACUAUCAUGUAGUAGAAGAAAGAGUGAAAUUAGCAUCUCUGAAUGAAAUAUCCAGUUGCUUCAGCAGCCUCCAGAAGGUGCUGAAAUACUUUGACAUUUGCAAGGCUCUUUCACACUUUUCAAACAAGCUUGUCACAGUUUCUCAGAGCCUUAUGAAUCUGGUGAAACUGCAUAUUCUGCGACUCCCGUUUCACUGAAGCUUCAGCCAGGUCUUGCUUCAACUUGGCUCUCUCUGGUGUUCUGGUCAACUAGGAAAUUGCAUUAUCUCAUCUAAUUAAAUCAGCUUUUCAUCUUCAGCUGGAGUUUUCUUUAGGUUUUGGUCAUGCCCGUCCCCUUUGCGCUACUGUGAGUGAUUAAGGCAUUAGCACAAUCCACCCCAGAGCGGCUGCAUUAAGCUGUGAGCAGAACGGUUCCUGUGCUUGCUGAUGGAAUUGCUGGAGAUGCGAGGCCAAGCUGUGAUAAGUAAGAAUUAGGAGUGUCUGGCGAUGCUGUGAGUUGUGUUUCCUUCUGCUGCUCAUUUGAUGUACCUGUCUGUGUCUCAUUGCCCCAUUCCUGCUAUUGCUCCCUGCGGUAUCAUGGCCAGCACUGUGCCUCCAGCCUGUUUUCCAGGUUUACUGAAAGGCAGGGUCUCCCCUUUACCAUCUGAGCAGUAGCAAAUAAAAGCAGCCCACCAGAGGCUAUGCUGUGCUGAUGGGCAUGACUGGCAUUGCUGUGUGUGCUGUAAACACUGCAGAUUAUAAUUUAUUUUGGCCAGGCUUUUUCUUUCACCCCUGGAAGAAUCCCACCCAGGAAUGCUGCAGGUUUGCUCACAAGCACUUUGGCUGCAAGCGCUGCUUCUUGGCUAGUGGCUGCUGGAGGCUGGGGUGCACCAGAGCUGCCAGUGAAUUGCGGCGAAAGGGGACAUUGCUGUCCCCUUCAUCCCACACGCAUCUCCAGCAUGUUCUGCAUGGCCAUGGCUACACUGUGUGCAUGGCCGUGGCUACAAGGGGAAUUGUGGCCAGCAGCCCCCAGCCCCGGGGGCUGCAGCACUGCAUAGGGAGUGCAGCCGGGGCCGGGCGGACAUGGUACAUGGAGCGUGCCGGGUUUGUCCGUCUGGAUUUGUCUGUCUGGGUGUUUUCUGAAGUGCUCGAUGACCCGUGUGGAUCAUGUGUCAGGCCUGGAAUAGCCCUGCUGGAGCAGGGAGUCCAUCUACAGGUUUAGCAGGGAUAUUUAUAAACGCCUGGUUUUGUGGCUGUUCUGAGAGCAUAGCGUGUCUCCUCUGAGCUCUGUGUGCAUGGUGGGACGGUGCUCAGCAUGGUCACAGUGCAGGAAUUAGUGACAUUUCCCUCCCGAGCUCCGUUUAACCUCUGGGACCAGCAGUGACAGCGCACCUGGCUUCAGGAGAGACCAAAUCUCUUUCCUUUCCUGCUGCAGUUCAGACACGGGCUUCCCAGCCCUACAUCUGUCCCAUGCCACCGAUGGAGGAACCUCCAUCCUCUUCCCUCUGGGGUGCAGGGCUGGGUUCCCAUAGGGAGGCUGAGGCAGCUCUGUGGCUGAGGCAGAGAAAUUCCCUCGUAUCAGUGUCAGCAGAAGAGACAGGCACCAGAUUAAAUCAACUCCCUCCCAGGGCUUUCAAGGUAUUUUUUUUUCCCAAGUGACAACACCUGAGGAAUAUGCUCAGCAAUAGCUCGGCAUCCCCAGCACAGGGCUGGAUAGGAGGAAGAGAUUGAGUCUCCCUAUUUCUGCAGGCUCCCAGCCACCAGUGCUUCUGCUCACAGAUGUUUUCAGCAGCCCUGCGUGGAGCAGGAGAAACCAGGAGGCUGUCGAGCGGGGAGAUGACGGCUACAGCCAGGCUGAAGCAGUGACAAGGGUUAUCUGGCCAGCUGAUGGCAGGUGGGCUGAGAUUUUCCACAUGCCUCGGAGCCGGGCAGCGGGAUGAGGACGGGCAGAUAGGGACAGGGUGCUGAGUUCUGCGAUAGCGUGAGAAUGCGGCCGCGCAGCUGGCGAUCAGACGGGAGCUGGUGGGUGUCGAUGAUGUGGAAGCAUCUGUGCACUUUCCCCGGGCUGCUGCAGCCCCAAAAGGGGAUUUCCAUCCUAUUUGCACAGGAAUAAUCCUGUUUCUUGAGCGUGCGGGUGGUGUGGAGCCGCGACAGCCCAUUGCGCUUGGAAGGAGGACUCCCCAGGGCCUGGCCUGAGCCUUGCUCCCCCCAUCCCACCAUGCCCGCUCCCCAGCGCUGGUACCUGUGCGGCUGAUCAGCCCUGCAGCUCGGGGACACCGGCAUCGCCUGUCACCUGCUGUCAGCGCGGGAUCUGCGAUGCUGGAUGACAGGGCAGAAAUGUGCAGAAUUGAGGCCACGCUCGGUACUGGGUGCAGGGGGAUGGGAAUUCAUUAGCGGUGCCGUGUCUCUUUUAAUCAGGAGGCAGGUGCUGCUUCUCCUCCGGUCCAGGGAUGAGGUUGUGUUAGAGUCUGCAAUGCCAGCAUCCCAGCCGCGGUCCAGGGCAAGAGACAGGAACAAUGUCCUUAACAGGGCUGAGUUCCUCUCCCUGAACCAGCCCUUGAAGGGGAACCAGGAGAGCAGGAGCUCCGGCAGAAAGCAGAGCAGCCAAGCCGGGACAGCCGGUGCCCAGAACAGCAACGCCAAGGAGCGCAGGCAGUCGCAGCAGCUGCCCGAAGAGGACUGCAUGCAGCUCAACCCCUCCUUCAAGGGAAUCGCCUUCAACUCCUUGCUGGCCAUCGAUAUCUGCAUGUCCAAGAGGCUGGGAGUGUGCGCCAACAGAGCCUCCUCCUGGGGUGGUGCCCGCUCCAUGAUUAACCUCCUGGGGAUAACGGGGCACGGGAUCCCCUGGAUCGCGGGGACCCUCAUCUGCCUGGUGAAGAGCAGCACGCUGGCAGGCCAGGAGGUCCUCAUGAACCUGCUGCUAGCCCUGCUCCUGGACAUCAUGAUUGUGGCCGGUUUGCAGAAGCUGGCCAAGCGGAAGGGCCCGUACGACAUCACCCCCGGCUUGUUGGACUACCUGACCAUGGACACCUACGCGUUCCCAGCUGGGCACGCCAGCCGAGCGGCCAUGCUCUCCAAGUUCUUCCUCAACCACCUGGUCCUGGCCAUCCCUCUCCGGAUCCUGCUGGUCCUCUGGGCCCUCUGCGUGGGCUUUUCCCGCGUCAUGAUCGGACGGCACCACAUCACAGAUGUCCUGUCUGGCUUUGUUUUUGGCUACUUGCAGUUCAGGCUGGUGGAGUUGAUAUGGAUGUCCUCCAACACAUGUCAGAUGUUGAUAUCCAUCUGGUGAACAUGGGGGACUUGUCGCCUAUCCACUGGAAACUAGCAGAUACUUUGUCUCCCAGUGUUUUCUACAUGUUGUUUGUUGGAAGCGGUUGUAACUUCCAUGAGUAGUGGCGUUUUUUAAUGUUGCUUCCCCACCUGAAAAAAAAAUAUAUAUAUUUCUUGCAAUGAAUUGGGUUUUAGCAGCAAAUGGCCGUACCUCUGUUUUGGCCAUAUCCUCAUACUGUGUUUGGACAGCAACCUAAUUAAGCUUUACGGGUGAGAGAAAUGAGCUACAUGUCUGCUUAGUUUGGGUGGUUCACAUCGGCACCUUUAAUGUCUUCAGGAUGGGCAGCGCCUGAGAGCUUCCUGAGAACAUGUUCGUUAACUUUUUUGAGGCUAAAUGAUUUUGGCCACAGCGCUUUUUCUUUUUGUAAGCCCAGCAGUUGUGUCUUGUACAGGGUCAGGACACUGCCGGCGCUUCAAAGAUAAUAAAUAAUCGUAAAAAUCC